AUGGGAUUCCAAAGCUUCAAGCCAACUUUCCGCAAUGAAGACCUUGUGCGCCGUGGCGCAUACAUCAACGGUGAAUGGAUUACCUCCGCGAAGGAGUCAUUUAAUGUCACCGACCCAGCUACAGACCAGGUGAUCGCGGAAUUGCCUGACUUUGACUCUGGUGAAGCAGAGGCAGCCCUCAAGGCUGCGCAUGCGUCAUUCCAGAGCUAUAAGAAAACAUCUCCCACCCAGCGCUCCGAGUGGCUUAGAAAUCUCUAUGACCUCAUUAUGGAGAAUGCUGAGGACCUUGCAGCAAUUGUCACCUGGGAAAACGGAAAAAGCUUACGUGAGGCGUUAGUCGAAAUACGGUACGGGGCCACCUUCUUCAAAUGGUUCUCUGAGGAGGCCUUGCGUUUGUAUGGCACAACGAUCCAGCCAAGUAACCCUGGCAACCGCGCGUUUACCAUACGUCAGCCCGUGGGCGUUUGCGCACUUAUCUGCCCAUGGAACUUCCCUAAUGCUAUGAUAUCGCGGAAGGCCGCGCCUGCUCUUGCGGCGGGGUGCACCGUUAUAAUCAAACCGGACCCCCAGACUCCGCUUUCAUCCUUAGCUCUCGCGCAUCUUGCGGAGAAAGCCGGCUUCCCUCCUGGUGUAAUUAACGUGGUGCCGACUUCCAAGUACACCAAGGAUAUCGGGGUCCUACUAUGCGAAUCCUCGUUAGUGCGUAAGGUAUCCUUCACGGGUUCCACGGCGGUUGGGAAGAUAUUGAUGCAGCAGGCUGCCUCCACCGUCAAGAAGGUCUCCUUCGAGUUGGGGGGCAACGCGCCAGUGAUCAUCAUGGGGGACGCAGACAUGGAAAAGACCGUCGAGGAGGUGCUGGCCACCAAAUUCAGGGGCAUGGGGCAGACAUGCAUCUGCGCGAAUAGGCUCUAUGUCCACAGGUCGAUAAUCGACGACUUCUCCUCGCGCCUCGUAAAGAAGGUGGAGGGCCUGAAACUAGGCAAUGGCUUCCAGGAGGGCGUUACGCACGGAUCCCUGAUCAAUAACGCCGCUAUAGAGAAAGUCGAGAGGCACGCGAAGGACGCAAUUGAGCGCGGAGCCAAGGUCUUGCUGCCAGGUGGUCGUGCGCCAGAGUUGGGUCCGCACUUCUACUCCCCUACAGUGCUUUCUGAUGUCAAGCCUGAUAGCGUCCUGACCCGCGAGGAGACAUUCGGUCCUUUGUGUGCCAUGAUUCCUUUUGACACGGUCGAGGAAGUCGUUGGGUACGCCAACGACACGCAGUAUGGUCUUGCGUCCUACGUCUUCAGCGAGAACAUCAAGACAGUCUACAGUAUUGCAGAGGCGUUGGACUUCGGUAUGGUCGCUUGUAACACGGGCCUAUUCUCUGACUCUAUGGUUCCAUUCGGGGGCAUUAAGGAGUCGGGCUUUGGUAUCGAGGGUUCAUUACACGGAAUCAACGAUUACACUGUCCUCAAAACUGUUACAAUUGGCAACGUUCCUACCUUGUAA